AUGCAAUUCUCUAAGGUUAUCGUCCCAGCUGCUGUUGCUUCCGCUGUUGUUGCUUCUAACGUCACCGUCACCACCGACGUUGUUGUUACCGACUACACCACCUACUGCCCAGAGCCAACCAAGGUUGUUGUCAACAACAAGACCAUCACCGUCACUGAGGCCACCACCUUGACUGUCACUGGUCCAUGCACCAUCCCAACCACCUACGUCACCACCUCCCCAUCUUCCGCUGCCCCAGCUGUCUCUACUGUCAACGCUGCCGGUAAGGUUGCUGUCGGUGCCGUUGCCGGUGUCGCUGCUGUCGCUGCUGCUCUCUUCUAA